UUUCCCUUUUUAGCUCCCCAGCUCGCCAGUGCCAGCCACACUGCAGGACAGCGGCGAUGGAGUGGGCUCCAAACCUGCUUCUCCUCUGCAUCUUCACCUUUGCCAUGGUCCUGGUUCCUGAAGCGAAGGACCAAAGCAAGGCAGCAAAGGGCAGGAGAAGGGGCCUGACACAGCCCCCCACGGCUGCCCCUGCCCUCGCCUGGGCCCCGGACGACCCCUACACCACCAUGGCAGACUACGAGCGCAGCAUCCAGGACAUGGUGGGCCAGCUGAGGAACAGCUCUGAGCCGGGCGACACCAAGUGCCGGGUCAACUUGAGGCUCUGGAGGUCCAACCGCAGGAGCCUGUCCCCCUGGGCCUACAGCAUAAACCACGACGCAACGCGGAUCCCGGCAGACAUCCCCGAGGCCCGAUGCCUCUGCACAGGCUGCAUCAACCCCUUCACGAUGCAGGAGGACCGCACCAUGGCCAGCAUUCCCAUCUACAGCCGGCUGCCCGUCCGCCGGCUGCUCUGCCAGGUGCCGGGUGAGGUGGGGCACAAGCCCUCCGGGAAGAAGUGUCACAAGAAGUACCAGAUGGUCAUGGAGACCAUCGCUGUGGGCUGCACCUGCAUCUUUUGAGGUUGCAAAGCUAACCCCUGCAGCUACCCGUGGGCAUCUAACCAGCUUGCUCUUGCUUCCCAAGCUUGCCCAGCCCUCUGGGAGAGGGUGACCCCGCUGAGCAUCAAGGUGAGGAGAGCCCCUGUGCAAGGCGAUGGCAGCUCCAAGAGCUCCCCAAAAUUCCCCGGCAGACUCCAUCAGCUUCAGCAGCCAGUUUGGGGACACCCAGCGUGGGGACAGCCCCUGCACGUCACCCAGCUAGGCAGUCCCAUGGCUGUCCUCACAGCGAGAUGCUGCCCCGAGCUCCCUCACCUCCCAGGAGGAGCUCAGCAGGGUGGGCUCGCAGAGAGAGGGAGACAGCUGUCUGCUGGUCCCUCCAGCUGGCCAGGAUCAGGCUUCCUUCUUCCCCAAAGUCUCCAUUUGCCUUCGCUCCAUCAGUACAACAGCUCCGGGAGCACCCAGCUCUCCCCAGUCCACCUACAAGUUCCUCUGCACUGGGCCAGGCAGCGCGGGGAGCGGGGCAAGCGGACGGUGGUU